GCAGACCCCGUCCACCUCCUGGGUCGGCAACCCCGGCCUUAGAAAAGUUCAGCUUCUUUAGGUGUGGCGUUCGGGGCUGGGGGAACCACUCGCGUCAAGUGUGUGCCUCUGUCAGGGGCAGCCCGCCGGCCGGUGUGAACAGACCCUGCUGUGGUGAGAAGCAGAGCCCCACUUUGACAAAUGUAUUGGCUGUUAGGUUGGAGAACAGAGAUGAAGCUCGUGGGCAACUCAGAGAAGCUCUCAUGUCCUGGGUGCAGCUACUGCAGACUGCUAUGUCAACAGGCAAAUCAAAAAGCUGGAGCAAGAAAGAACUGCCAAGCUGAUGUCAGUCUCCCAUGUGUGAAGUGUGGUACCUCAUUAACCCAAGGACUUCACCAACAGGAAGCUGUAUUCUUUACCAGCAACCCACCACAUCCCUUUUGAUCUGGUUUUCUUUUUCAAAAAGUGGAAACCUUCUUUUGAGUUCUAAUGACUGACCCCAGCUUGGAUGACAACCCUACGGCGUGCCCUCACUGUGCAUCCUCUCGGGCUGGCCUACUGUGUGUGUGUCCAGCAGGCAAGUCUCCAGUCCUGGUGGUGGAAAUGUCACAGACAUCGAGUAUUGGUAGUACAGAAUUUUUUGCUUCACAAGAGAGAAAAAAAGAAAGAAAUACCAGCAGAGAAUCUUCUCUAAAAGAUUUGUCCAUAAGAACUUCAAAUGUGGAGAGAAAACCUCAGGCACAAUGGAGUCGGAGCAAUGUCACAGUAGGAAAAAUCCCACAUAUAAGAAUGGAUGAUGGAGCAGAUAUCGAGGAAUUCUAUACCUUUGGAAGAAUAUUGGGACAGGGGAGCUUUGGAAUGGUCUUUGAAGUUAUAGACAAGGAAACAGGAGCUAAGUGGGCAAUUAAAAAAGUGAAUAAAGAAAAGGCUGGAAGUUCUGCAAUGAAGUUACUGGAGCGGGAGGUGAGCAUCCUAAAGACUGUCAAACAUCAACACAUCAUCCACCUGGAACAAGUGUUUGAGUCACCUCAGAAAAUGUAUCUUGUGAUGGAGCUUUGUGAGGAUGGAGAACUCAAAGAAGUUAUGGAUCAAAGAGGGCACUUCUCAGAGAAUGAGACAAGGCUGAUAAUUCAAAGUCUUGCAUCAGCCAUCGCAUAUCUUCAUAACAAGGAUAUAGUGCACAGAGAUCUAAAGCUGGAAAACAUAAUGGUUAAAAGCAGCUUUAUAGAUGAUAACAAUGAAAUGAACUUAAACAUAAAGGUGACUGAUUUCGGCUUGGCCGUGCAGAAGCAUGGCUCCAGGAGUGAAGGCAUGAUGCAGACUACAUGUGGUACUCCUAUCUAUAUGGCACCAGAGGUCAUCAAUGCCCACGACUACAGCCAGCAGUGUGACAUUUGGAGCAUAGGUGUCAUAAUGUACAUUUUACUAUGUGGAGCGCCACCCUUUUUGGCAAAUUCAGAAGAAAAGCUCUAUGAAUUAAUAAAGAAGGGAGAACUACGAUUUGAAGAUCCAGUCUGGGAUUCUGUAAGUGAUUCUGCAAAAAAUGCUUUGAAACAACUCAUGAAAGUAGAUCCUGCUCACAGAAUCACAGCUAAGGAACUUCUAGAUAACCAAUGGUUGACAGGCAAUACCCUUUCUUCAGCAAGACCAACCAAUGUAUUAGAAAUGAUGAAAGAAUGGAAAAAUAACCCAGAAAGUGAUGAGGAGACCAACACAGAUGAGGAGACUGAGCAGAGCACUGUCCACAGUCCAUCUGCAAACUCAGCAAAGCAGCCCACCGAUGCACCCAAGAAGCCUGUUGCAGAUAGUGUUGGCAUGACCUCUUCAAACUCAUCCAGCAAACUCCUGUCUACUGAAAUCAAAGCAGAACCAGAGAAAAGCUCCGAGACUGUAGGCCAUGCAACAGUGGCUAAAACCACUCUGAAAUCCACUACCUUGUUUCGAGGCAAGAAAAGGCUCUAAGGUUCUGUCCGGUGCUGAGCAGUUCAAGAACAGACCACCCUUCCAGCACCGAAGGGAGGGGACAGGAGAGACCAGCACAGCGCCAAGCUUUUAGCCACUGGCUCUCACGAGCCCUACCUGUUCACACCAGUUUAAAAUUGAAGCUAGUUACCUCCAAGCGACACAGCCUGAGCAGGGCACUAGAGGACAGCCGUGGGUAUGCUUGGGGCAGGCUGCUGCCCUCACCAGCUCAAGGCAUUGUUCCAGGAUUGUUUAAGGGAUAAGUGCUCUCAGUGCAAGGCUGGGGUCGUGCUCGCUCAGUUCUACUCAAAUCCUUAUAUUUAGGCACAGUUGUUUAUAAGAGAAAACAAGAGGCCAAAUGCAGUGAUGGAGGUUCUAAAUAAUUAUGUGCACUCUGCACUGGCAGGCUUUGUUAGAGGAUUACUAAUAAAAUGGCCACAGGCAUUGUGGCAGAAGCGAUGCA